AUGACAGCUUUGACUAAUAUAAAGUUCAUUACAUCUAUCAUUCAUUGGAUCUCAGACUUCCCUAAUAGCCCAAUAUCAGCUAGUUGCAUUCCAGUAGACGUAGCAAGUCCAACUGUUAUUUAUAAAACGCUAAAGCUUUUAUUGAAUGAGAACGACUUUCAACCACAAUUAGAACUCCAUGAAAUACCUGAAGUGGAUAUUAAUCAGGAUGGGUCUGGAAGCAUUAUAAGCGUACCUGUAAACGUAAAUGAAAUGAUUCAGGAAAUAGAGAGGGUAUUGGAAAGACAUUUUUAUAAUAAUAAUGGGAAGCUAAAGAAAAUUAGAGGGAUAAGACAGAUCUAUAAAGCGAUAAAUUUCUACAAAUUAGUAGUAUUUCAGGAUAUUAAUUCGAUUAGCAAAUUCUGUGAAUUAAUACUUAGGAUCGGAACCUAUUCGUCAAAAUUAUCAACUUUUGGUUUAACAUCGAUAGAAUUUCUAUGUGAUCAGGACAAAGAAUCAAUUGAUGAGUAUUUUUAUGGAAAGGAUUUUAAAGAAAUCGAAAUUAUCAAUAAUACAGAUAUGGAAUUAGAAGAUAUCACAAAUGGACGGUGCAUAUCAAUGCAGAAUGAAGAGGAAGAAAAUAAAUAUACUCAAUAUUGCAAUUCAAGAGUGGAUGAAAUGAGUAACACUAGGACAAUUGAUAAUUAUAGAGAAACAAUCCGAACAACUGGGGAUAAAUAUGAUGACUUGAUCGAAAACAAAAGUGAUAUUUCUCGGAGAGAUAUAGAAGUUGUAGAUUCGAUCAUAUGGGAGAACGAACAAUUUCAAAAAUUAAUAUAUAGUUUAUUAAAUGUAUGA